AUACAUAUAUUAAAUUUUAAAAAUUUUUUUAGAAUUUAUAAAUUAAAAAUGAAACGUGGAAUACAUUUAACCGCUUUAAUAUUACUUUUAGUUGUCAAUCUUUCCUUCUAUACUGAAGUCGAUGCCAAUAAAUCCACUUUAUCGGAAGCUGACGCUUUAUCGAAUGUUUUAAAGUAUGCUAGUAAAUCAGGACGACCAGGACGUUCAGUCAUAACCCAAAAUGUUAGAUUCCGACGUCAUUCGCGUUCAGUUCCCCUUUAUGACGGAACUGCGCGUGUUGCAAGAGACGGAACUAUAGUUAUAAACGGAAAGCGCGUUCUGAUCGCAUGACGUUCUGUUUAAAUUGAUAAAUUGCUGGAGUAAUGCUGAUAUUGGUUACAAAUUAUUAUUAAUAUAUUAGGGAGGUUUGACUGACAGUGAAUUAAAUAAUACAGAUAAUUUACAAUUUAAUUCGUCAUUAUACUGUAAGGGAAAGAUAUUUAUAAUAUUUAACAGACGAUUACACGGAUACUGAUUUUGGUAUCCGUAUC